CAGCGCGUGGGUGCUCGAGGGUUUGACGCGAGGGAUCGCGAGGAGAGCGGAGCAUGGGUGGGGUCCGGACUCCGGAGAACAAAUCGCUGCCUCGCGAGUCCGCCAGCGGCCGUCGUGAACGUCCGGAACGUCGUGCCUUUUACGCAUGGUGCGUACGCGACGUAGCAAUGGCCGUCUCGUCGCCUCGCGCCCAGAGGAGGAUGGCUGUUUCGAGGUCACUCGGGCCUCCUUCCCGCCGCUCUCGUCGCUGAGAGAGCUGGCGAAUCAGUGAAACUGGAGCAGCGAGAAACGUCGCGCGUAACCAGUGGACGGGCUGUCGCGCGCGACAGUCGAGCUGUCAAGACCGUCCGAGAGAGAGGGAGGGGGAGAGAGGGGUCGGAGAGAGAGAGAGAGAGGGACGAGAAGACGAGGAGCUAGGAACUGCUGCGCGAUUGCGUCGCUAUCGUGUUUAUCGGCAGGCUGGACGACGUAUACUGACCUCACUUAUUGUGCUGCGCUCGCAGCUGCAACGUCGCCGAGUCUCCGAUGAUUGUGUAUCCGAUAUCUGAGCUGACUCAUCAUUCGCGGCUUGGACCGGACCGAGGAGAGAAAUCGCGUAUUUCGACAUCGGAGGUUAGCGCCCAACAAGGUAUUUUAACUUUAAAGAGCCUUGCUGGUAUUCAUAAUGGAGAAAAAGGGGCUGCGCAAGAGAGAUAUAUUGAGAAUGGAUGGUCUUCUGCCACCAACAAGACGCUUGCCAGUUUGUGACGCAGUAUCUGGUGCAUCGGACAAGAAAAAGGAGAAGAAAUGGUCGAUAGGUGGUAUCCUGCGUCGAAUAUCCUCAAUAAGGGAUUACGAUAGUUCCUCUAAUGAUGAAGAAAUUGUAUAUUGCAACAGAACACCGAGAAAGCUCACCAAGCUCAACAGACAACCCGAUGGUGUUGUUCUUCAUUCGAUAGAGGAUAAUGUAAAACAGAAGAUGACAGCCGAAAGUAACGUUCGCCCCUCGACGGAUCCGCAUCGGGAUUCGUUGCAUUCGCGUAGUAGCGAUGGUUCGUUGGACGGUUUAGGAAAAAAGACUCGAAGGAACAAACUGAAAGCUCGAGCGGAAGCAAAGAGGGAUUAUCUGUGCGUCGAGAGCAGUUCCGACGAGGAUUGUCGCAGAUCCAACAAUUCGUUGAACAGGAUUUACGACGCAGACGGCGCGCAAAAUGGCCAGAGGAGCAUUAUCUGCAAUAGAAAGACGCGCGCUGCUCGAACGGAGCGUUACAUCAAGCGCUUAUCUCGGGACGAAGGUAACGGCACUUGUGAUAGCUUGAGCGACUCAUAUAACAAGAAGUGUUCCUUGGAACGUACCGAAGAUAAGCAACGCGCUCUUUACGCAGACGUCAACGGAUUGUGUCGGCCACCUGCACAUCCGCGUCGAUUCGGUGCGUUCCCAAAUUCGAGUCGGGCGUUACCGGUCCAGAGAUCCUCCGUGGAGACUUUCCGGGAUCCGCAGCACGCAGGUUUGCCCAACCCGAAUGAAGCUUUCAACGAUUACAGAAGAUAUUCUACCGGACAAUACGUCACGGACUUGAAUCAGAAUAACGCUUACGGAAAGAUUUCGCGGCAAAUCAGCGGAGACGCGGACAAUCGAGCUGGAAACUUCUUUACAUAUCCCACGAAGAACGCGUACCAUUACUCGGAAUCGUUCGAUUAUGUUAUCGACCAUCGAUCGAUUGAUCCGGACAGCCAACCGCCUGUGCCACCGCCAAGAGAUCCCCGAUACCGCGUAUUCAAUUAUGGAUACAGUUCCUAUCCGAUCAAUAGACAUCAGCAUGUGCCAAAUUCCUUGAAGCAAGAGGAUCGCAAGACUCAUACCGUGAGAGACAUAUCGAGACCUGAUUGGAGAAACUUGGGUAACUAUGGAUCAAACAACGAGCUCGCUUGGCGCGAUAAAGUGGAGGUGGAAAAUUUGCCAAAUCCUAGAGCAGAGUUUCGAAAUUCGCUGGAGUGCAUAAACAAUAAAUAUAACUGCAGUCGUCAUCGCGCGAAUGAGUCGACUUACGAGGAAAGCGAAGCGAUGAGAUGUCGACGCAGAAACACUCGCAAUGAUCAACUCAAUUGCAUCGACGCAAAUUAUGGCGCGUACAAGGCCAAGAAUAAAUCAGCGAACAUCUGCGAAUCGAAUAAAUACGAGACGAUUUCGUCGCACGCGUCUGUUGCAUCGUCCGACUGGUCGUCUGGAAGAUCUCCUUGUAACGUCGAUAAUCAUGCCGAAAGCAACCAAAUAAAAGACAAUAUAAGAACGACACCGACCGAGGAAGACCUGGAGAAUAGACGAAGAAGCUCGAGGAACCUCGAGGAAGCUUUAUCCGAGCUGGAAGCGAUAUACAACAGUCUUCGUCUCGGCGACGAAGACCUGCUGGAUCGCGCGGAACGUCGAAGUAUGGAAGAGUUCAGUCUCAAGCAAGCUAAAAACGAGCUGGACGCCGGGAUCGUGAUUACUCCGGACUCGCCGGAUAGAACGAAGGAUGACAUGGCCUAUCGAAGGAUGCAUCCCAAGGAGAGGCCCACGUCUCUGUCGGACAUCGCGGGACAAUCGACCUUGUCCAACAUCAGCUACCUCAUCGCCUCGCCCGUUCUUUCGCGACGAGAUUCGGCGAACGAUCUCGCGCGUCUACCGUCGACCUAUCCGUCUCGUCGAGACGAACCGGAUGUGAUGCGCGACGACGUGGUCUUCCGCAGCAUAAAUCACGCCAACAACACUCUUAGAAUAGUCGAUCCGCAACCGCCGUUCGGUAUACCGCUCGGACCGGUUGCAACAGCGACCGAGAGCGAUUACUUGCACACGACACCGACGAAACCGGAACAACCACGCUCGCCAUACAUACCGCAAUGCGAGCCCGAUGUGGUCACGGAUGACUUGGCUUACAGAGCGCUCAGGAAAGACGCUGGCGCGACGCGGAACGUCGUUGGAGAGAACCGAAUCGACGUCUCGAGAGAGCAGCCGCGAGUUGGCCUAAAGAAGAAACGCGCCGUCAGGUCCUUGUCGGCCAAUCUGUACGGAUUGAUCAACCAGGAUCGAAUUCACUUGCGACGCGAACCCAGUCUCGACACCAUCAAGGACGAAAUACACGUUGCAGCGAACAACUUGGCCUCGAUGACCGAGCGACCGGAAUAUCUCAGGCGCGUUGUAAGCGAUGGCGAGCUAUCCGAUAACGACGCAGCGCGUAGGCGAAGGGAACCAGCGGCGAUUACAGGCGAGACCGACAUUAACGGUAAUCAUCCGGCAGCGAACGCGUACCGGAAGAAGCCACGUAUCUCACCGCAGCCAAGUCCCAAGAAGGAGAAGGAGCCAAAUAUCGCGGAGCUGUCAGAUGCCAUGCUGUCUUCGACGAAUAUCUUGGACGAUAAAUUUUGGCACGAGUACUUAGGCUCGGAUUCUAACGUCUCGAUGCCCGAGAGUAGUCGCAGCACGGAAACGGUGUUCACCGCAUACAGCCGCCUCUGCCAAGAUCUGGUCAACUUGAUAAAAAGCGACGAUGGCGACUCGUUGCCACUGAUCGAGUCGUCGAAGCCAACCGAUAAACCGAACGACUUGGACGUGAAACUCGGGGUCGAUGAACCUUCAAUGAGCGUUCCUGUACGUUCUCUAAGUAGUCAUUGCCCAGAACGCGAUGCGCGUGCCAACGACAAGCAGAGUCCGACCGCAUUCCCGGUUGCGAAUUCCCCGAGGCCCGCGUCGGAAACGACGCCAGCAGCCAGCAACCUUGAUUUCUAUCUUUGUGCGGUGGACGAGAAUGUUGAGCUAAUUGCGGCGGAGGCUUUCGACAGUUCGACCGACCGCCUACGCGACAGUCGCCUGUCCGCUCGCGACAAUUCCUGGACGUCACGCAGCUCCGAGGUCGAGAACCAAAGCGCUAGCACGCGUAGCUCUACCCUAUACAGCCAGGACGACCAAGGAAGCGACGACCGGCUCCUCGGAUCCUCCAGACUCGAGGAUGCUACUCGGGUACCUUCGAAACGCAAUUCAUCGACCAGCAACGACGGGGACCAAGACGCUUCUGGCCACUUGGAGAACAUUUCCACUGCCGACGCGGAGUUCUCCAAGGCCGUUCGCGACCUGGAACUAGCCGCGGCCAGUCUGUGCGAGCACGAACGGGAGAUCGAGGAUCUGGGAAGGAAGACCGACGACGAUGUCGCGGCAUCCAUCACGGACGAGGACGCUCCGAUGCGUAAGAUAAGUCUGAUCGCCGAUGCCCUGAGGCAGGAGCGGGAACGCGAUCAGGAGGAGAUGACCGUGGUACCGCCUAGCGGAAUCGAGACGACGCGUGGCGAUGCUCGAGACGAAGGUGAGCGCACAAGGUGCGAGCUUGACGGCGCGUUUCCCGAUGCCACGUGUGUUGUCUCCCGUGUCACUAACAUCAUAACCGUCACGGUAACGACGUGCUCCAUGUUCCUGCUCGCUUGUCUCCUCGCAUUGCUUUUAGCGAUCGUAGCGGCAUUGUCAAGGCGCAAUCAGUCUCUGUGAGUCAUGCGUGUGUGUGAUCCGUGACGCGCUGGACGCGGAGCGUCAUCGACUGUAAUGUAUAUCAUAACGUGUACUAUAAUCCUGUGUUUAUCUGCAAAACCCAGGUAGAACAUGAGACUCAUAAGGACGCCAUUAUGACGUCAUCAUGAUUUUAUUUAUCCCUUAAAAGUUACCUAAAAAUGAUUAAAAAAUGAGUUAAAGAUGACAAAAAGAAUCAAAAAUUU